AAAUGGACGAGUCUCACUAAGAUUUAGGAGUAUUGGAAGACAUUGAUCCAAGUUUAGAAGGUGGAUUUAAAAUUUAAUUUAAUAAAGAAAUUAAUAUAGAAACUAGGUUAAUUUUCUAAAAUUUAAUUGUUAGAAUAUCAAAUGCAAAUACUGGCCCUUAAGAAAUAGGAACUCUUGAAUAGAUUAAAGUGAAAAUACUUGUCUAAGUAAUUUCUUAUUAUUAAUAUUAGGGAGAUCAAUAAGCAUUUGAGAAUUUAAAAAUAGAAUUGACUAGCGAAACAGAUCUAUUUUUUAAUUACAUUGCUAUGUAUUUUACUAUAUUAAAUUAGAAUUGAUAAAGAAAAUUUUAAAAAAAUAAAAGAAGAAUAGAAACUUACUAUUGAGUAUCCAUAAUUCUUACAAAUGUUAAUAAAACUAUUAAAUUCAAGUCAUAAGGAACCUAAUCAGUAUAAAUAAAUAAAAAAAAUAAAUUAGCUUCUUUUGUGUAUUUUUUAUGCAAUAGGAUGGGUCUGCUAAAUUAGAUUUUAUAGAAAAUUUAGAAUAUAAAUUCAUGGAAAUGUUAACAUUAGAAUUCAGUUGUGCAACUGAAGAAACUAUAAGAUAAAAUGUAUCAUUUAGAUAUAAUUUUAUGAAAGCUAAACUUUAAUUUGUUCAAAAUAGGUAUUUUCUAUUUAGAAUUAGUUAGAUUAAAUGAUAUUACAUCUCUAAUAAAAUUAAAGAAUCCUUCACUUUUAGCUCAACUUAAUAAAGUAUAAAUGAAUACCAAUCAAAGUUAGACUAGUCAAAAUGUAAGUAAAUACUUGGGAUAAUCUAGAAAAAACAACAACUCAUCUAAAUUUAUAUGA